GAUGAAGGCGGCACCAGUAUCCACACACCCUGCAUGUGUUUGCUGUGGACCCUUAUUGGACCGAACCAGCGGGUCAAAACAGAACCCCCAGUCAGCCCGGAGUGAGGUAAAUGCCACCGGAGCUUGAGAACCGGGUCCACAUUGUGAAGUAACCACAGAUGACCGUAGAGUUGCGAGCUCAUAGAAUGUAGCGCUGCUUCUCCCUGCAUCAUCCAGCUGAUUCAAUUAUUCCGGGAAACACUUUCCAUCACACGAGUCAAGAGACAGGAAGAAGAAAUUAUGGACGCACUGAGUCACACAUGAUGUAACAAGUCUGGGAUGGAUGCUGAAAACACAGUGUGUACUUAGUUUAACUGGCAAUGCCCAUGUUUUCUCUGAAGAAGCUUAUCGGGCGCCAGUAGAAACAACAGAUGAAGUGACCUCACGCUGAUAAGCAGCCGGUGAUGGAACACAAUCAUAGACUUAUCACAGCGGCUGUGUGUGAGGUCACAUGAGUAUUUGAUUUGUGAGGCGUUUGGAUGAUUCUCUCUGCGAUGUUACGACGUGGAUUGCUCGCCUGGGUGUCACGGGUUGGCGGGGUGCUGGUGCUCCUCUGCUGCUCUUUGUCGCUCCUCUAUGUUAUGACCUGCAGCCCCCCACACUCGGACGACCCCCCUUUGAGUCACGUGCUGCCCCGUGCAAGUCCCAACCACGUCGUUGGUACAGGGCCAGGAGCCGGAGCUGUGGUCGGUAAAACUGCGGGAGCUGGCCCUUCACAGAGUAAUGGUGUCCAGUCUUAUCAGGCGCUGCUGCAGGAGCGAGAGGAGCAGCAUCGACUUCACAUUUCCUCUCUGAAGAAGCAGAUUGCUCAGCUCAAAGAGGCUCUGCAAGAGCGUAGUCAACAGCUGAAAGGGGUGCAGGAGACUUUAAAGAGAGCUUCUGGAGGAACAGUGGAGGCUCAUGAAGCUGGGCCUGCAUCUGUUGUUGGACUUGGUGAAGCUCAAGGCGCUAAGAGCCAACAGAGUGACCUCCAGGAGUUCCUUGGAAGUCAGCUGUCGAAGGCAGAGGUGACCUCUGGAUCCAGACUCCCCAGUGAAUAUGCAGUGGUUCCCUUUGAGAGCUUCACCCUGCAGCGAGUCUACCAGCUAGAAAUGGGACUGACUCGCCACCCGGAGGAGAAGCCGGUACGCAAGGACAAAAGAGACGAGCUGGGGGAGGUCCUGGAGACCGCCCUGCACAACCUCAACACACCGUCAUCCCAGCAAGACAGCCAAACCAGCAAAGUAUACUCACCGUCCGACUUCAUUGAAGGUAUCACUCGCACUGAGAAGGACAAAGGGACGGUGUAUGAUUUGACCUUCAAAGGGGAGGCCGCUAAUGAGUUCCGUCGCCUUGUCCUCUUCCGUCCAUUUGGACCCCUGAUGAAGGUGAAGAACGAGCGGGUGGACACGGUCAACAUCCUCGUCAACAUCAUCGUCCCACUGUCCAAACGCACCGACAAGUUCAAGCAGUUCAUGCACAAUUUCAGGGAAGUCUGCGUCCGUCAAGACGGCCGGGUCCAUCUGACCGUGGUGUAUUUCGGGAAAGAGCAGAUGAGUGAAGUCCGCGGGAUUCUGGAGAACACAUCCAGGGAAGUCCAUUUUAAAAACUACACCUUGCUACAACUGGACGAGGAGUUCUCACGAGGUCGGGGUCUGGAUGUCGGCGCACGGUCCUGGAAGGGAGGGAAUGUGCUGAUGUUCUUCUGUGACGUGGACAUCUACUUUAACGCCGACUUCCUCAACACCUGCCGGCUCAACACGCAGCCCGGUAAAAAAGUCUUUUACCCAGUGCUGUUCAGCCAAUACAACCCCAGUUUGAUCUAUGGAGGCUCUGAGCACGUCCCAGCAGUGGAGCAGCAGCUGGUGAUCAAGAAAGACACUGGCUUCUGGAGGGAUUUUGGGUUCGGGAUGACCUGCCAGUACAGGUCGGACUUCAUCAACAUAGGAGGGUUCGACAUCGAUAUCAAAGGCUGGGGGGGCGAGGACGUCCACCUCUACAGGAAGUACCUGCACAGUAACCUACUGGUGGUCCGGGCGCCGUCGCGAGGUCUGUUCCACCUGUGGCAUGAGAAGCAUUGUGCGGACGAGCUCCCGCCGGACCAGUACCGUAUGUGCAUGCAGUCCAAAGCCAUGAACGAGGCCUCGCACGGGCAGCUGGGGAUGCUGUUCUUCAGGCGCGACAUUGAAGCUCAUCUACGGAAGCAGAAGCAGAACUCUGGCCCCAAGAAGUCAUGAUCGUACUGACGUCAACUUUUAAUCCGCUGUUUUCUGUUCAUGCACAUCACGUCGACAACAGUGUGUGUGCAGACCCACAACAGGAAUUAGAAGAAUGGAUUUGCGAAAUGCUAUCGUUGUUUUUAUUGAGCUUAGUAUUAAACCUUCCUAGUCUAUGUCAGCCGCAUUUCAGUCAGCUAUUUCACUUAUUUUGCAAUGAUGUACCUUCAUGUUACCAAGGGUAAGUUUUGUCAUUAGGUCUGUCUCAAUAUCAGGAAUAGUAAAAUAAUACUUGCAAGUUGAUGUGGAUGAUGAGUUUUGCUUCACCUUUAGUUAAUGUUUUAGUUUAGUUGAUGUGAAUAUGGUUUAAUAUAUUUUGCAAGUUGAAAUGCAUUUUACAAAUUGAGCUGUUGUGUGAAUGAAAAUGAGGGCUUGAACUACAAGGACGCUCCGUUGAGACGGUGAAAAAUAGGUUGUUUAUAAUUCUGAUGGUCAACUGUUAUUGUACAUUGUGAGUUUGAAUGAGCUCCGAGUUGUUCAAAUCGUGUGCCUUUUCAUUGAAGUAACUUGGACUGGCUUUGAAUUUUCAUGUUCAGGGAAACAGCGCCAUCUAAUGGACUACGUGUCGACAUGUCAUUUCCCCGUGAGUGGGUUUUGGCCAUCGCAACUCACCCUGCCCCACCUCAACCUCUCUUUGUCAUCCUCCCUAGUCACACCUUUUCUCCUCAUAUCCUUCUUGAGCAUGUCCCACAUGGCCUCCCUGACUUUUCUGCGUGAGCUGUUCUGCCGAGGGUCAGCAUGAAUGGCUGUUCAAAUAACAUGAAGGAGCCUGAAAUGGCCUAUAAAGACCCGUUUGGCUGGAAUGUGUGAAUUAUAAAAACGUUGAGUCAUUGUGAUGGAAAUGUAAGUGAAAUUCUAAGUCGUUUGUCUUGUUUUGAAUUUGACCUCACCAGUCAGUUUACUUUAAUGAUUGACUGUUUUUAGUCUGUUCGAACUGAAGUUGUGUAUUCUGGAAUGUGGUGGGUCAGUUGUGCUUUAUUUAUUUUCUUUUUGAAAGAAAGUUCGUAGUAAAGACUUCAGUUUUGGUCGACUCUCAAAUAUGUUGGUGCCAACAUUUUCAGAAUUGUUGCAAAACUGCAAAACUGAAUGUUUGUUUUAAUUCUGUAUGGAUGUCUUGUUUGUUUGUAUUAAUAAUUCCUUCAAACAUACCAUCGCCUUCCAUUUUUUGGAGGCUGUUUUCAAUGUUUUUAUAACCAUGUAUAGCGAUUGUUGGAAGUGUUAUUGUCAUGGAUUGAAACCAAAGAUGUGAAAAGUUAGUUGUGAAUAUUAUUUUCUAAUGAUUGUUAAAUCCCCCACCAAAUGUUCUUUGUAUCACUUGAGUAAAGUUCGUUAUCUGAGUUGUUUUUCUGUUUGUUUGUUUGUUUUAUUUUUAUUUAUUUAUUUAGCUUCUUGUCAUUUAUUGUAAGACAGUUGUGUGUAAAGAAUUUGAUACAGCUGGUCGGUAAAUCCUCUCAAACAAGUGAUCUUUGAUCAGUCGAGAUUGUAUUUCCCUCCUGCACUAAGUGAAGCUUUUAUUAUCCUGUAUGAAUAAGUAAUUUUGUAAAAUGCGUAGUAA